ACUCAAACCAACCAUAUGUCCUAAUCCUGAAAUGAUUUCCGUCCAAUACACGGAAACCGCGCAGCGUCUCUAGGCGUUCCCAAUCUUUUUACUGCUUUCAUCCAACGCUCCCAAGAAUCAAAAACCAGACGCAUGGCUUCCCUGUCUCCCUCAGCGUUCAGGAUUUUGUCCACUGCGCGAUGGAAUUCUUCCAAACCUUCUUCUUCACACACCAGUUCUAACAAUUUCUUUUCUCUUCUUCGAAAAUCUUCAUCGCUUCCUUGUUGCCGUCAUUCCAACUCUGGCGGCACCCGAUUGUUCUCGAUCAUGGCAACCGCCAAACCUGGAAAUGCACCGCAGCAAUCACAAUCACGGAUUAAGGGAGCUGAAUCCUUUCUUAGGAAUGUUCUAGCGAGCAUGGAGGCAGUUUAUCUUAAUCGCAAUCCCUCAGCAAAGGCCAUAUUGGAACUGGUUCGGUCCGUCGAUAAUGAUAAGAUUUGUUAUGAUCAUCUUGCGUUUAGAACUUUUGGGACGGAUGGCCACGGCAUUGAUUCAUUAGCAAACUUUUUUCUGGAUUUUGGAUAUACACGACAAGAAGAAUUAUCAUUCCCAGCCAAAAAGUUAAAAGCAUUUUGGUUUUCUCCACCGGCCAAUUCUGAUGCAGCUUAUGAUGGUGAUGGUGUUCAUGGACCUCUACCAAGAGUAUUCAUAUCAGAGCUUCUUGUGGAUCUGAUGAGCCCACAAACUCAGGAUAUAAUCAGAAAAUACACUGAAAGUUCUCACAAGGGAAAGAAGCAUGCUGCUCUUGCAAGUGCUCUAGGUUCCUUGACAUGGGAAAAGCCUUCACACUCCGAGUUUGUCCAACUAGCGAGAGAGAGUGAAUAUGCCGCUUGGAGUCUUGUGAACGGUUAUGCAGUUAAUCACGUGACUAUUUCGAUCCAUAGGCUGAAAUCUCAUCUUAGAAAUAUCAAAAACCUCAAUGAGUUCAUAGAAGAGAAUGGUUAUAAACUGAAUUCUGAAGGUGGAGUUUUGAAAGUAAGCCCAGAUGGUCUUCUACUGCAAAGCUCAACCCUCGCGGAUUCGGUUUCUUUUGAAUUUUCUGAUGGCAUUACUACCACAGUCCCCUGCUCGUACAUCGAGUUUGCUGAGCGUCUGGUCCUGCCUCAGUUCAAACAUCUUCCAGAAACAGAGGUGAAAGAGCAGCACAGAAGGGAUGGAUUUGAAGUUGGAAAUGCUGAUAAGAUCUUUGAAAGUACAUCCAAACAGCAGCAAACGGGAAAGGCUUGAUUGUUCUGGAGGAGGAAAUCAAAUUGGGAUGCGCUGUGAACUAAUUUGGUAUGAUGUUGUAUAGAAUGAUCUAAUCUUUAGUAACUUAAUAAAUCGCUCAAGGCAGGUUUUAAGGCUCGUUUCAUAA